UCUAAACUCUUACAAGUACUUCCCAAGCUGGCACAGUCCUCCCGAAGCCCCGCCCCGUGGUUUUAGCACCGCGGUUUGCGCAUGCCCAGUGCGCGCCGCAAGCUCCCGCCGGGCGCCCGUUCCGCCUUGGUUCCCCGUGGCCCCGGCGCGCGGCGUGCGUCUGGCUUCCUCCCCCAUCGGGCCCCGCCCGGUCGUUUGCGGGCGCGCGCACCUUCCCAGGCGGGCGGGCGGGCCUCAGGGUCGAGAGGCUCCCGAGCGAGCGUCGAUUGGCUGAUGUGGUGGCCACGCGUCGGGCCUCUGAAACUCAGGGCGAGCGCCCAGAGUCGGCUCGCCAGGCAGUGCCAGGCGCAUCUCAGGUAAACAGCUAAUCCAAAAGUAAAUGAGGAACUUAGAAAAAGAUUGCCAACUCCAGAUCAACAUAUUUAGAGAAAAUUGGAAAAGGAGAAGCUUACGACAGCUUUAUUUGAGGACUUUUUAAAGAACGCAGAAUUCUAGCUGUGAGCUUCAAAUCUUGGAGCAAAAACCAGAGACAUUGCCAGAGCAAACAAGAAUAGAAGUACAAAUGGAGGACUGGUCAAAAGAGAUAGCCCAUAGUUACCUUGAACAAGAGACUACAGGGAGAAAUAAAAGUACAGAGCCAGAUGAGCAACCAACUGUGAAUUCUAAGGAAAGCAUGCAUCAGAAAUCCAGUGAAUUGGUUAAUGAAGCCACCUAUGAGGACACAGAACUGCCAGGGCAGAGAUCAAGGAAUUUUCCUUAUCCAGGUGAUGAGACAGCUGACUGCACUAUUGAAAAAUCCAACAUUAUGGAACAUAGAGAUCAUGAUUUGCAUUGUGAGUGUACGAUCCCUUGUCAAGUUACUUCAGACUUAGAUAAAGAGAAGACAAUAGCAUUUCUUCUAAAAGAAUUGGACAUUCUCAGAGCAAGCAAUAAAAAGCUUCAAGAAAAACUGACUAAAGAAGAUAAGGAACAUAGAAAACUAAAGCUUAGCCUGGAACUCCAGGAGAAAGCAACAGAAGCUCAUAUUGCUGAGAAGACAGCAGCUCUGGUUGAAGAAGUGUAUUUUGCACAGAGGGAACGUGAUGAAGCUAUUAUGUCUCGACUACAGUUAGCCAAUGAGGAGAGAGAUGAAGCAAUUGCACGAGUGAAGCAUAUGGAAAUGUCUCUAAAAGUGCUAGAAAAUAUUAACCCUGAAGAAAAUGACAUGACAUUACAGGAAUUACUGAACAGAAUAAACAAUGCAGACACAGGGAUAGCUAUUCAGAAGAAUGGAGCUGUAAUUGUGGAUAGAAUCUACAAGACCAAGGAAUGUAAAAAGAGAAUAACAGCAGAAGAAAUGAAUGCAGUGAUAGAAGAACGGGAUGCUGCUUUGUCUCAGUGCAAACGGCUAGAGCAGGAGCUUCAUCAUCUGAAAGAGCAGAACCAGACUUCAGCAAACAACAUGAGACAUCUGACUGCUGAAAACAAUCAAGAACGUGCUCUGAAGGCAAAGUUGUUAGCUAUGCAAGAAGCCAGAGAAACUGCAAUUCAACAGUACAAAAGACUAGAGGAAGAAAUAGAAACACUUCGUGUUUACUACAGCUUACAUAAAUCUUUAUCCCAAGAAGAAAGUCUGAAGGAUCAGUUUAACCAUACCCUUGGUACUUAUGAAGAAGCUUUAAAAAAUAGAGAAAACAUUGUUUCCAUCACUCAACAGCAGAAUGAGGAACUGGCUAUCCAACUGCAGCAAGCUCUGACAGAUCGAGCAAACAUGGAAUUAGAGCUUCAGCAUGCCAUGGAGGCCUCCCAAGCGGCCAAUGACAAAGUUCAGAAGCUGGAAAGGCUGGUGGACGUCCUGAGGAAGAAGGUUGGAACAGGGACCAUGAGGACAGUGAUCUGACUGAAAAAAAACGACAGUCUGGGGAAGCAAUCACAUCUGGUGACCAGGCUGCUUCAUUCAACACUGUGUAAACACUAAAGCCUUAACUUAGCAAACAGUUGUUAGAAGUGGGACACUCCAACCACAUUCCAAGCUGAGAUAAAAUCAGAUCACAAAUGUUUAACCACUUUGCUGCUGACUUAUUUAUCCAAAUGUAUUAACUACAGACUUUUACCAAUGAGUAGCUAUAAAGUUGUAGCUUAUUUUGUAACUAUUUUAUAUCACUCUAUUUGAUAUAAAUCUUUUUACUGAGAGGCCAUUAUAGGUCAUAUCUUCACAUAUGGCCCUUUCUGAAUCAAAAUGCAGCAAAGUAAAUAUUGUCUAAACCUUAAUCCAUUGUGUUAGGUCAGAACUUCAAAUACGUGCAUUUUUCAAUAUAGAGUUUAUUUCUUAACUGAUGAGAGCAGCCCAGACAUGAGAAUGUAUAGUCUUCCUCCAAUGCAUACACAUGAUCUUUGUUAAUAUUAAAUAAUAUUAAAUAUAAAUACCAAGAAUUAAAUGUAUAAUUUGCUCCAAUAGUUUGGUACAUUAAAAUUACAUUAAUCAAGGAAUGAUUUUUGUUUCACUACAAAUAAUACAAACUGUUUUCAAUAAAAAAGAGGAUAUUGUUCAUGUGUA